AUGGCUAUUGAGGGAAAUAUUCACCAAGGUUGCAACAUUAAUGGUAUGCUUACAACAAGGAGAGAUAUACCAAAGAGCAGCGAAAAAUUAAGUGUAAUUUGUCCAAAUGGUUCUACUAUUACAUGGUUGGGAUAUAAAACAUUAAAAGAAAGUGGAGUAGUAGCAAUGACAUUUGGAUGUGAUGACAAUAAAAGCUUUGCAGUUGUAGGUGAUACAACAUCUGGUUUUAGUGAAAUAAACCAUACAAAAACUCCAAUAAACUAUAUGGAAGUCGGAUAUGGAACUAUACAGUUGAUUAAAAAACGUCAUAAAAAGCAUUCGAAAUCUAGCCAGGUGAUAUCUAACUUAGAAGGCCCAAAUACAAAAUAUCAGGAAAAAGAUAUUUUUGGUAGACUUGUCUUAGGUAAUAAUGAAGCGAGUAAACAUGUAAUUAAUUAUAGCUGUAAAUCAUGUAGUAUUUUUACUAAUAAACAAUGGGUUAGUGGUAAUUUUCUUGGAUUUUGUUUUAUAUUGAAUAUGCACAAUAUAUUAUCAAAAUCAAGGAAUACAGAUCAAAGAUCUAUUUUAGGAAUUGGAGUUAUUGGAUUUGGUAAAAGUAGUUGGAAUAGUCCAUUUAGUUGGAUAGGUGCAAGAAUUAGUAUGAACCAAUUAAUAACUACAAAAAUAUGGCCUGAGUGUCAAAUGAUAUAUUCUUCAAGGUCAGGUGAUGCAUCUAGCUUUAGAUAUUCACUCAUAUGUUUAGGCUCUGGACAAGGAUUUGCUAAUCUUUCUUUUAAAAAAAAUUCUCGGGGUGGUUUGAGUUCAAUUUCUGCUCAUUGUAUAGGAAGUUCAAGUGAAGGAACUCUUGGUAUAGAAGGAACUACAAAUCUAUUUGAUAAUAGCCCAUCUACUAUCCCUGGAACAAUAAAUGAAAUAUCUAUAGCUUACUCUAACAAUACUUUAUCACCCUCUUUCAUUUUAUUGAAAACAUUAGAUAAUAAAAAGUACUUAUUUGGAAUAAAAGAAGAAUCAAGUAAAUCUGUGAGUUAUAAUGGACUCUUUAUUCAAAUUAUUUGUGUUGAAGUAACAAUAGUUGAAAACGAAUCAUUUAUUACAGGUAUCGGAUUUUUUUUUGAAGGAAAAGAAACUAAACACAAUAUCAAUUUAUCACCUCAUAAAUUAUUACCAAUGGUAGAUCUAACUAAAGUAUUUGCAAACCAACCUCCUUGGACUCUAAACAAUAUGAUCAUAAGUAGUGGUCAAAGACUGGGAUAUUGUAGAGAUUGGUCUGGUCAUUUAGUUAUUAAAGGAGAAACAUUUGUGUUUAUGUGCUAUGAAGGUGAGAAUAUUGAAAAGUAUAGAAUUUAUACCAAUGAUAUGGGCAUUACUGGCAUUCAAUUUUGGUGUUCGAAUACUAUUUCUGAAGUCCCAUCUUGGGGAUUUAUAGGUUAUAGAACUGAAAAUUCAUUUCAAACAUAUGAUCCACAAACAUUUGACUCUCUAUAUAAUAAUAUAUAUGAGGUUCAUUUUACUUGGAGUUCUGUAGAUUCACAUCCCUUAGGAAUGAUCAUUACUGAUUCUACUGGAAUUCAUACAGUAAAUCCAAGUAUAAAGAGUCAAAAAUCAACUGUAACUUCUCUAUGGAAUAGGAAUGAGCAAUUUUCUAAAGGUCCACUUGGUAUUUGUGCAAAAUUUAGUAACAAGAAACAACUAUUAGCAAUAGGAUUUAAAUCUAGUUUUAAUGUGGAGGUACCCUUAGAAAAAACAACUUUUGAUUAUAUUCAAGAAGGAAUUAGAUGUCGUGGUAAUAUUAUAAUAUAUAAAGAAAUGCAUUGUUCCGAAUAUAUUAACUCAUUACAAUAUAAACACAAAAGAAAGGGACACUUUACAUAUACAGUUACAUGUCCAGAGAAUCAAUUAUUGACAUAUAUGAAAUUAAACAUAGAAAAAGAUGAAUUAGUAGCUAUUGUUUUAAAAUGUUCUGAUGAUCAUUCUAUGUGUAUUAUAGGAGAUAUUCAAACUAAUUUUCCCUAUGGAUCUAAUAAAGCUGUCAUUCAAAAGAUUGAAGUUAGCUUUGGAUAUAAGAGGAGAUAUAUAAAGAAAAUUCCAAGCAUAACUUUGCUUAAAGUUGAGUCUUUAAAACCUCAUAUAGAAUUUGGAAAAUAUUAUGUUAGAGGCACUAAAGAAAUUAAGCGUGUUUGGCAGUCCAAUGGUUUUAAAGGUUUAUGUUUUGGUAUGAAAUUAUUAAGUAACACUUUUAAAUCAUUUCAUCAUUCUAAAGUUUCUAUAACAGCUAUUGGAGUACAAAUUGAUCAAGUUUAUACUCCAGAAUAUGGAGCAAUGGUUGACACUCUUCCUUCAGGAAGACUUUUAUUUUCACCUCCAGAAUAUAUUAAUAGAAGAGGACUUUGGCCUCAGUGUCAACAGGUAUUUGGUAAGAGAAGUAGUUUAACAAAACAUUUUAUGAUCAGCUGCCCUGAUGAAAUGAAUUUCAAUGUAUUUAAAAUGUGUAUUUCAAAUCAAGAUUUAUCUGUGAUACUUAUAGAAGCAUCCUGCUCAAAUGCCCAUAUUCAACUUCCUCCAAUAAGAAUUGGAAACAAGGAUGGAAUUCCAUGUACAGAAAAAUCUAUUACCGGUAAAAUUGAGGAAUUAAUUGUUGGAUUUCAUAGUACUUUUGGAAAAAUGAGUGCUUUAAAGGUAAAAGCUACUGGUUUUCCAACUUUAUCUAGUUUAGAUAGGCAUAAUACACAAGAUAUGAAAUUAUAUUAUUGGAGUGGAUCAGAACUUAAUAUGAUUUGUGUAUCAAUAGAAGGUAAUAUGAUAGUAGGUUUUGGAGCAUACUUCAAAAUUUUAGGAGAUAAAGAUUUACAGCCAAUUGGAAUUAUUUCGAAUAUACCUGAAACAUAUAAAAGUCAACUCAAAAUAGAUAUGAUUAGGUCUAUUGGAGAAGUAGAUAUUAUCAGAGAUCAAUUAGAAAUAGAGUCAAUUUGUACAGAAUGGGCUAAGUCAACUGAAAAACCUAAAGAUAUUUUUGCAAUAAAAUGUCCUUUAGGUCUUUAUUUCACCUAUUUAAUUCUUGGACUGGAUCAUUAUCAUAAACAAAUUAUACAGCUAACACUUAGCUGUGGUAUUCUAGAUAUUAAUGGAAAUCCUGUAUCUAAAGUAUCAGUAGGUCAAGAAGCUCAUAUUAAUAAUAUGCUUUCAAUUGAUCUCACUCAAAUUGCUUUAUUGCAAGUAUCUUUUGCAUCUAAACCAAAUACAAUGUCCAUAACUGCGAAAAAUACAUAUGGAAAUACUAUUAACUCUUUUCAAGCAGUAAAUCCUCAAACAAACACUCAGUUCUCUCCUAUAAGCUUUGCUGAGUACAAUACUGCAGAAAAUAAUUUAAAUAUAUUUUGUGUAGGAAUUAAGUCAGAUACUUUUAAUAUGACAAGACAUGAAAUAGUAUCUAUUGGAUUCCCUGUAAAAAGUCAACAGGAACAAAUAUUAUCACCACCAAAUAGUGGAAUUGGAACAUUACAACAUUCAGGACAACAUUUAUAUAACCCAAAUACUUCAUUGGGAUUUUUUGUAAAAGAUAUGGAUACUAUUGAAGGCUCACUUGCCAGCUCAUUAUGCCAAGGUUGGCGUGAUUUGACUCCUUCACCAUUACAAGAAAUUAAAAGGAUUGGAUUUAAAUGUCGGAAUAACGGUAAUAUUAAUUUAUUUAAAGUAUUUGCACAUCAUGAAGCAGGUUAUGUUGUAGGUAUAUCUGCAAGUUGUUCAACUUAUGGAAAUUUCCAUGUAGGUCAAAUUUCCCAAUACUCUAAGGAAUUAGGAGAUUCUACCUCAAGCAUAAAAGCAUGUACAUUCCAAUGGACUGAAAAUUACAAUAACCCUGCAUCAGUAUUAGUUUCGGAUUCCUUACUUCGUGGUUAUGCACACUACUCAUCAGAUAUAAUAUCAUCGAAGAAAAUAUCCAAGUCUGAGUUUCAAGGUUCAGAAUUAAAAGGUGUAUGUUUUGAUAUCUUAAAAAUGUUAACUAAUGGUCUAUAUAUAUAUAAUGUAGGUUUUAUAUUUUAG